AUGGGUUCCAAGACGAAUGCGACACCGCCCCCAGAGGAUGCGGCGUCAGCGCGGAGACGCAGCGCUGAGGACGAGACAGCUAAAGGGGAGUCGGAAAGUGUCAAGGUGGCGGUGCGCGUGCGCCCGUUCGACACAAGAGAAAGUAGCGCUUCGUUAAUCAGCGUGCUGGCAAUGAAUUCCAAGAGGAGUGUUGUUACAAUUUUCAACCCACGACCAAAGGAGAUGAAUACGACGACUGUGAAGAAGGCGUUCCAGUUUGACAAUGUGUUUUGGUCGCUGAACUGCCCCGAUGAGUGCGGCAGCAAGCCGGUGGGGCAGGCCGAGGUGUACGACGCGAUUGGUCGGCCGCUGGUGGCGCAUGCGUUCAACGGGUUCAACUCGUGCCUGUUUGCAUACGGGCAGACCGGAAGCGGCAAGACAUACACGAUGAUGGGGGGCGACCCGAACGCGCUGGGUGGCGCAGACGCCGGCGUGACGCCGCGGCUGUGCCUGGAGCUGUUUCGGAUGCGUGAGCGCGUCGAGGCGGAGGGCCACUCGAAGUGGGCGGUGGAGGUGGGGUACAUCGAGGUGUACAACGAGCGCGUGUCGGACCUGCUGGCGAGGCGGAAGAAGGGCGCGAAGGAGGAGGAGUUUGUGGAGGUGCGGGAGCACCCGACGCGUGGCGUGUUCGUCGAGGGUCAGGAGCUGCGUGAGGUGUCGAGGCUGGAGGACGUUGUGGCGCUCAUCGAGGCUGGCAACAGCGUGCGGCAUACCGCCGCGACGAAGAUGAACGACCGCAGCAGUCGCAGCCACGCGAUUCUCACGCUGAUACUGCGCGAGGAGCGGUCGAUGCAGACGGCGACGGGGCAGAUCAUCACGACGGCUGGCAAGAACAGCCGGAUGAACCUUGUGGACCUUGCGGGGUCUGAGCGUGUUGCGCAGUCGGAGGUGGUUGGACAGCAGUUC